AUGGAUGGUGUACAGUGCUGCGUGAAGAUAUCGGGUGCCUUAUCGGACUCGUUUGAAAAUCACAAAGGACUUCAACAAGGCAAUGGUCAUUUCUGCCUCCUGUUCAACAUUGCGCUAGAAGGUGUUAUGAAACGUGCGGGCUUUAACAUGCGGGGCACGAUCUUCAAUAAGUCCAGCAAGUUCAUCUGUUUCGCUGACGACUUGGACAUUGUCGGAAGAACGUUUCAGGCCGUGGCGGAGCAGUACACCAGGCUGAAACGUGAAGCAGAGAAGGUUGGAUUAAAAGUGAAUACGUCGAAGACAAAGUAUCUGUUAGCUGGAGGAACCGAGCGGGAUACGGCUCGCAUAGACAGAAGCGUGACAAUCGAUGGAGAUGAGUUCGAGGUGGUGGAUGAAUUUGUGUACCUCGGAUCAUUGGUGACGUCGAAUAACAACUCAUCACCAUGUGCCCAGUUGUCAGCACCGAAGUCUACAUUCCGUUAUCCCGAAGUCUGCAUUCCAGUGUCUCAAACUCUGUAUCCCGGUGCAUUGGCAAGCACAUCGACGUCACUCCCACCGGCAUCAUCGCAAGCAUCAACCAACCAGUCUCCACCAGCUGCUCAUUCUGCAUCGCCAGCACCAACAUACCAGUUAUCGACACCACUCCUACCGACAUCAUCGUGUCAUCCACCGCCAGCUACUCCUGUUGCAGCUGCUUCUUCUUCGAAAGCUUUCAAAGCGUUGUCAAUAUCUCCAGCAAGGUCUUCGUUGGUACCCAAUAUUCAACCCGAAUCUCUGCCAUCGCCUUCGCGAACUGCGUCACCACCACAGUCACCACUACAGCCGAUGAAUGAUUCAACAGACGAUUCCGAUACAGACGAUGGAAGCAAGGAUGAAAAAUAUGCCAAACUUUUGGCCAAACAUCAGAAGCAAGCGGAAAUGUUGAAAGCAUCACGAAAGAAAAAUGUAAAUUUCAAGUUACAGCUGGCCGAAAUGAAGGAUCUUGUGGUACAUGCGGUGGCUGAGGCUAAAAAGGCGAGAAUGGGUGAAAAUGUGAACACUACAUUUCAACCUGAUCCGGAUAUUAAUAUGCCCGUGGCGCAAAUCGAGAACAUUAACGGAAUUUCGAAAUCUGUUGCCUCAUUUGCACAGAAUCUGGCCCUUCAUUUGUAUGGAGCUCAAAACCUUCGAGAGAGAUCAGUGAAGGGUCGUUCAUCAAAUCGAAUGAAAAAUGUUCCAAAUGACAACCCUAUUCGUCCCGGCAUUUCACCAAAAAAGUUGGAGUUCAUCUACGCUAAAGCACGAGAACGGGUGGCCCUGGAGGUUGGAUCGAAUAAUUUAGGGCAAAUCAAAACUUUGUCCCAUGAAAGCGUUGUGAACAAAGCAAUUGCAGAAAAAAUUGCUAAUUUAAGAAAGGCUGCAAAAAAUUCCGAAAGGCUCAUCAAUAAUAGUGUCGCUUGA